CCCACACACUCAUCUGCUUUUCAUGCUCGGAUGCAUCCUCCAACUGGGCCUGCCUGAAACCUGUCAAGUGCGGGGACAAUGAAAACCACUGUGUGACGACGUACGUUGGAAUGGGAAUCGGUGGCAAGUCUGGCCAGUCCAUCUCCAAAGGAUGCUCUCCCAUUUGCCCCAGCGCUGGGAUUAACCUCGGCAUAGCGGCUGCCUCUGUUUACUGCUGUGACUCCUUCCUCUGCAACAUCAGUGGUUCCAGCAGUGUGAAAGCCAGCUACAUGGUCCUGGCCUUGGGGGUCCUCGUUAGCUUCAUCUACGUCCUCAGGGCUCGCGAGUGA